GUGUGUGUGUGUGUGUGUGUGUGUGUCAUGAGUGUGUGUGUGUGUGUGUGUGUGUAUAACCUACUUUAACAGCACUAGGCCAAAGAGCAGAUAUGAUCAAAUGAUACGAUAAUUGCUUUGUUUGUACAGGUCAGUGGUAAGUGUAGAAUCAGGGGAACACAGAGAAAGUUCUUGAACAGUCAUUAGAGAGAGAUGAACUGUUGAACUGAGGAGGAGGAGGAGAAAGGACAAGUGGUCAGGUGGUUUGAGGAGAGGGAAGAGGAGGAGGAGAGAUAGUCUGUUCUUCUUGUGUCAGAUAAAAGAGAGCCAUAUUCCAUCUCUGAGUUGUCAGGCUUCAGGACUGCAGAGUGGAGAGACUGCAGAGUGGAGAUUGGACAGAGUGGAGAUUGGACAGAGUGGCAGUUACUGUGUGCUAUGGGAUUACAGGAGAUUUAAUGGAGAAAUCACAGCAUCAGUUCUACCUGUGGGCUAUUCUGAAUACAGCACUGAGUAUGUAGAAUAUAACCUCAAGACACACCAGCGAGAUGAGCCCUGUGAAGAUCUGAAACCACAUAGCAGCCCCAGCUUGAGCCCCAAUAUGGACAACGAGAUCACCGCCAAGGAGAGAGGAGUACUGGAGGAGAAUAACGAAAAGGAGACGAUGGACAGAUAUCAGGAGGAGGAGGAGGAGGAGAAGGGUAGGAGGGAGCAGCUGGAGCCUCUGUCUGAGGAGCAGGAGCUGGAGGAGUUGAGGAGUCAGGUGCUGCAGCUCCUCCUGGAGUUAGAAGGGGCCCGGGAGAUAUCCAACAAACACCAGGAGGCUUUCCACGAGCUGCAGGGUCUAUUGGAGGAUGAGCGUUUGACCAGCGCUCAUCAGGCAGAAGCCUUCGCACGACAGGUCCACAACCUGCAAGCCCAGCUGCGUUUGGUACAGGAGGAGAUUGAGUCUCUGGAGGAGGAGAAAAAGAGCGAACUGAUUGAGGCCCACGAGGAGCUACGCCUGGCCCAGGAGGAGGUAGGCCUGGCCCACGAGGAGGUAGGCCUGGCCCAGGAGGAGGUAGGCCUGGCCCAGGAGGAGGUAGGCCUGGCCCAGGAGGAGGUAGGCCUGGCCCAGGAGGAGGUAGGCCUGGCCCAGGAGGAGGUAGGCCUGGCCCAGGAGGAGGUAGGCCUGGCCCAGGAGGAGGUAGGCCUGACCCAGGAGGAGGUAGGCCUGGCCCAGGAGGAGGUAGGCCUGGCCCACGAGGAGCUACGCCUGGCCCAGGAGGAGGUGCAACUGCUGCAGCAGGCGGCUGAGGAGUCGGCGGCUGAGAGGGAGAACGACAUCGCCUCCCUACAGGAGGAGCUUUGUCGCCAUCAGGCCGAGCUGGGGAGGCUCAACGAGGAGGCACAGGAGUACGAGCUGGAGAUCACCACGCUCCGUGCCGAGAUCAGCAUGAAGAGUCAGAGGAGAGAGGAGGAGAGGAGAGGAGGAGACGUAGAAACACUGAAGCAGGAGUGUGUCACGUUGAGGGAGGAGUGUGAGACAUUGAAGAAUGACAACAGACGUCUGACUGAGAGACUACAGCUGCAGAGGACAGGUUCCAACAGCCACCUGUCCCUAAAGGAGGAUGAAGAGGACACCGGGAUCGGAGUGGGCACAGAGAUGGGGGGCAUGGCUGAGAGCUACAUGACCAUGGCAGACUGCCAGUCAACGGGCACAGGCACCAACUGCCGCCUGAAGGACGUGUCCAUUCAGAAGAACAUCUCGUUCGAUGGGAAGCCCAUGACCCCCACCGGCUGGAAUGGAGGAUUUGGGGAGAUCGUCUCACUAAGGGACCAGCUGAAACAAGCUGAGGAGAAGGCCUCACUGGUACAGAGACAGUGUGACGGUUUGAAGACAGAGCUGAGGGAGCUACAGGUGCUAUAUGACUGCAGCCAGAGGGAGAGGGCGGGGAUGGAGGAGGAGCUACUGCGCUGCAAGGCAGAGUUGGAGAGGCUGGCUGGAGGGGGGCAGAGCUACAUCCAUUCGUCUGAGUCUCCUGUUCUCUCCAUCCCCUUCAUAGGAAUAAUUGUAAUAUUGGGAGUGGUUUGGUGCUGGUUGUCCGAGCUGGCGUCACAGAAAGCAAGGGGUGUGAUAUAGAACGGAACCUUAUUCUGACUGUCACCGCGGCAACAGCUGUGCUUCUGAUUCGUGGCUAGCUUGUUGAGAGGCCCGAUGUUGAGCAGGUCAGAUCAGUGACAAGUUACACCGACAAAGGCGGUAAUGUCUGCUUAUAGACAACUACCCUCCAUCCCCACCCCCUUUUCACAUCGAUCUGGGACGAACAACAGCUCACACGCCAUUCCUCUAAUUCAUCGCUAGAAAGAGGAAAUUCAGAUGACAACUGUUCAGAAAACAGGAGCAUGUUGAAAAUGGAGAACUUCUGAAAACAAGAGCAUGUUGAAAAUGGAAAACUUCAGAAAACAGGAGAUAAGUGUGCUCAUAGUUCUGAUGGAAAAGAUGGACUCCUUUUCUCUCCUGUUCUGGGGGACACAGGUCUUCAUGAAGCUGAGAACAUAGGGUGGAUACUUACAUUUAAUUGGAUAGUACCUUUCCCGCAUAAAUCUAACUGGUUCUGUCCCUGUGACAUCUCAUUCUGUCUCUCUGUCUGUCUCACGGGUCUUGACUAUGGGGCGGCAGGGUGACGUAGUGGUUAGAGUGUUGUACUAGUAACCGGAAGGUUGCAAGUUCAAAUCCCCAAGCUGACAAGGUACAAAUCUGUCGUUCUGCCCCUGAACAGGCAGUUAACCCACUGUUCCUAGGCUGUCAUCGAAAAUAAGAUUUUUUUUCUUAACUGCCUAGUUAAAUAAAGGUCAAAUAAAUAUGGGACUCAAUUGGUCCUGAGUUUAAAUGUCUCAUACUACUCUUAUACAACUCUCAUCUUGUAUUUUACUAAAUGUAAUUGUUAAUAUGUUAAUUGAUUGCUUAUCUUUUAACAAGAACCACCUCUGCAUCUUGCACAUUUUGCUGAAUUAAAAACUCUUAAAUAAAUAAAUAAAAUCCACAUGAUGUUGUAAAUAAGUCCUAGUAGAAUCUUUCUGAAAAUAGAAUUAUAUCUACACGUGUAAUUCAUUAUUUAAAGGAAUAUGCCGAAUACGUGAAAUAAUUUAAUGUCUGUGCCCGUGUCUUGUGAAUAGCUCACACCUUGGGGAUUUUUCUCAAUUAGAAUGAAAUGAAUAAUGAAGACCUAGUAUAGAGUUCUAGUCUAGAGUGACAGAUGCUUUCCCUACAAAAAAAUGUUUAAAGGCAAUAGUUAAUUUAUAAAGCAUACGGUCUAAAAUAUUUUCUCAUUCAUUUACAUUUACUUUAAAAAUACAAUGAUCAUUCCAGAUGUCCUACCUACAGUGAAUUUGUUAUUAGUGAGGAUGUUUAAUCUGGGUUUUCAGAGUUGUGUAAAUGCCUAUUUGUUAUGGUGUCCUCAUUAAAGGGGGAAGUGUAUGGGAGAUGUGUGUGCUAGUCUAGCAGCUGUUCUAAUGCACCUGUCAGUCCUAGCCCGGUGUUUCAAGUCUAUGUUUAACCAACCAUCUCACCCACAUACCAGUGUCCUGGCUAUUUUUGUCCACAGUCACAGUCACUUCUUUUAUUUACUGAAUUUAACUUAGUGCACCGUCAGACAGACUUGGGUUGAAAUACUAUUCUGAAAUCAUUUCAAAAACCCUUAUCGGUGUUUGAUUGAGCUUCCUGAUUUAAUGGACCAAAAUAAUAGCCCCCAAACGGCAAACCCCACCCAUCUGUCACUCCAGGCAGGCUAAGGAAAACACUCAAAGCAUUUGAAGGAGUUAGGCAUGGUAUUUGAACCCAGGUGUGUUGUCGGUAGAGUGUGUAUGGCUUUUGACUGCUUUGUCAUGCAGUGACUGUAUAAUUAUCCACCCAAAUAUGUCAAGUUAGCACGCCCAGUCUGUAUUUUCUUCUUCUUCCACAUCCCAGACUACACAUCCCAGACUACACAUCCCAGACUACACAUCCCAGACUACACAUCCCAGCUCACAUCCCAGACUACACAUCCCAGACUACACAUCCUAGACUACACAUCCCAGCUCACAUCCUAGACUACACAU